AUGGCACCCGUCACCACGCUCUACGAUCUUCUCUACGGCGCCCUCGCCGCGAUCUCAGGGGUAGCCGCCUUCCCUUCUCCACCCAACUUGAGGAUAUUGGAGCAUGCUCCCCCAGGGAUUCGCUACGAGAUACCGAAAUCAACCCGCCGCUGGAUGUCAGUCAAAAACACGGCUCCAAAAAUCAGCCAGCAUACCCAACAGUUGCGCGCAAUCCAAGGCCCAAUCACCACCAGUCCUGGGAGCUUGCCCAACGGCCGGUCCGCAGCAGCCGUCCUGGGCGCUAACCAGCGACAUGCCGGAGGCUCCGGAUACCAGAACAUCACCACCGCUUCCGCCUACGGCACGCAGUACGCGAUCGAGGCUCUCUGGGAUGGCCAACCUCUGUCAAUGCUGCUCGACACCGGGUGUGCCGACACGUGGGCAGUCCAAAGAAGCUUUAGCUGCGUCGGCAAGGAUCUGGAGUUUGUCAAACCCCAGACCGCUUGCGCCUUUGGUGGCGGGUACUACCCCGAAACCUUUGGGUACGGGCCGCACGACCCCAAAAUGUUGAUGCUCAUCAAGUACGGCGACGGGGAGGUCGUGAGUGGCGCCAUGGGCUUCUCCGACAUCACGAUUGGAAAUGUCACGGCCAAGAGGCAGCUCGUGGGCCUGGCUAGUACCACGCACUGGUUUGGGAAUAACCAGACGAGUGGAGUGGUGGGCUUGGCGUUCCCGGCGCUUACGCACGGGUAUAGCAAUGAGACUGGAGGCAGGGUGCAGUACUCUCCUGUGUUCACGACCAUGGUCAGCCAGGGGGGGAUCGAGCCUGUGUUUAGCAUUGCUAUUGACCGUAAUACGUCCACGGGGGUGCUUGCCCUUGGUGGGAUUCCGCUGGUUGAGGGGAUGGAUUAUGGCGAGGUUGCGAGUUUGGAUAUGAUCAUUACACGGGUGAACUCCAUCCCGGAAACGGCCAGCGAGUACUCCUUCUACACCGUCAUCCCGGAUGGCUGGUACUACGACCAGACCAUGAACACCAAGAAGUACCCAUACAUUGUCGACAGCGGCACAACGCUCUGCUACCUUCCCCCAACCCUCGCAGAGAGUAUAAACUCCGCCUUCCACCCCCCCGCCCUCUACAACCCACAGUACAACGCCUACUUCACCUCCUGCGACGCCAUCCCGCCACGCGUCGCUGUUGUGCUGGACGGGAUCAGGUUCUGGAUCAACCCGGUCGACCUGGUCUACCGGAACCUGGCAGACCCGGAAACGGGCUUGUGCAUGACGGCGAUUGCUGACGGCGGCGUCGAGGGGCCGUAUAUCCUGGGUGAUGUGUUUAUGCAGAACGCGCUGGUGGUUUUUGAUGUUGGUGCCGGGGUUAUGAAGUUCGUUUCGAGGGAGUAUUAG